GUCAGUGGUAAGCUUUGGGGACCCGAGGAUCAGACGAGGCCUCUCUCUGUCCAUCGGAGCCUGGUCAGCCAGUCUUUCUGUGUCUGUCUCACCGUGCAACCAUGGACGCCAGCACCACCAAGCUCAUCCAGCCCACUGCGGCCCUCACCAUCACCCAGUUGAACCAGGAGUGUCUCCUCCACCUCCUCUCCUACCUGGAUAAAGACAGUUGUAGGUCUUUCUCCCUGACCUGCCAUCGGCUCAGAGAGGUCUACCUGGACCCCAGGCUGUGGUCACUGCUCUUGUUCCACUCCCCCUCUGAGCUGAGGAGAGAGAACUAUGUGUUAGGAUCGUCGCUGCGCUAUCUGGCUGUCACCUGGCACAGCUCCAGGGUCAAGGUCUGUAACAUAGAGGACUGGAUGAAGAAUCAGUUCCAGAAGGAUCUCUGUAGUAAACAUGAGAGUCUGGUCAGCAGCUUCCUAGAACGCGUCUGUACCAUGUGUCCUAACCUGCUGUCCCUGACCCUGUCUGGCUGCGGGCAUAUCUCAGACCAGGAAGUGAUCUGUGUUCUGCAGAGCUGCAGUCGCCUCCGCUCCCUCCAUCUGGAGAACUGUGUCCGGGUCACAGACCUGACCCUGCAGGCCCUGGUGCUCCACGGGGCCGGCCUCCACCAGGUCACAGUGGACUUCUGCCGUAACGUUACCCAGGCAGGGCUGGAGAUGAUCCGGGAAAGACGGCCGGACAUUAGGCUGACCGCUGAGAGGAGCGCAGGGAUGAUACCUGAUAGUAAACCGGACAAGAGGACACACCUACCACUCAGACAGAGACUAAUGCCGAAGGGCCUAAUGUUCUCCUGAUGACAUCACUACAGUUCCCCUGAUGAGGCUGUGUCUCUAUGGGCCCUGGUUAAAAGGACUGCACUACAUGCGGAAUAGGGAGCUAUUUGGGAGACAAACCUACUGCUGCAGAAUGUCCUGCAGUUGUCAUGGUCCUGAUGACCAGAACCCAAUACGGACUGCUGAAGGUUCUUCAGUUAUCCUGAUGACCAGAACCCAAUACGGACUGCUGAAGGUUCUUCAGUUAUCCUGAUGACCAGAACCCAAUACGGACUGCUGAAGGUUCUUCAGUUAUCCUGAUGACCAGAACCCAAUACGGACUGCUGAAGGUUCUUCAGUUCUCCUGAUGACCAGAACCCAAUAUGGACUGCUGAAGGUUCUUCAGUUAUCCUGAUGACCAGAACCCAAUACGGACUGUUGAAGGUUCUUCAGUUAUCCUGAUGACCAGAACCCAAUAUGGACUGCUGAAGGUUCUUCAGUUCUCCUGAUGACCAGAACCCAAUACGGACUGCUGAAGGUUCUUCAGUUCUCCUGAUGACCAGAACCCAAUAUGGACUGCUGAAGGUUCUUCAGUUAUCCUGAUGACCAGAACCCAAUACGGACUGCUGAAGGUUCUUCAGUUAUCCUGAUGACCAGAACCCAAUAUGGACUGCUGAAGGUUCUUCAGAUGACCAGAACCCAAUAUGGACUGUUGAAGGUUCUUCAGUUCUCCUGAGGACCAGAACCCAAUAUGGACUGCAGAAGGUUCUUCCGUUAUCCUAAUGACCAGAACCCAAUACGGACUGCUGAAGGUUCUUCAGAUGACCAGAACCCAAUACGGACUGCUGAAGGUUCUUCAGUUAUCCAGAGGACCAUAGACUUAACCACAGACAGUUGCUUCUCAAAUGGCACCCUAUUCCCUAAAUAGUGCACUACAUUUGACAAGGGCCCAUUGAGCUCUGGUAAAUAGUAAUGUAGGGAAUAUUUGGGACACAAUCCAUAGUUUCACCACUAGGAGGCGGUGUGGAAAUGCCUAAAGGUGAAUGGGAGGGUCACUGUUGACUUGUUUUGGACUUCAGUCUUAUUGAUAGGAGCAAAAAUAGUUUCGGUUCUGAAUUAAAAGUGGCAAUUAUUAUAAUUGUUUUGGACUUUAUACCGAUUUUUAUUUGAGGUGCUUUAUACUUUUUGUGUGGUUGG